GCCGCCGCGGCGGACACGACAAAGCGGUGUGAGAUUUCUCUGCCGCCCCUUUGGAACAAAGGCACAGAAAUAAAGCGAUAAUGGAGUCUACAGGCCGUCUUCCCUCCUCAUCGUCCAUCUCCUCCAUCUCCCUGAUGGAAGCAAAGGCUGAGACCCAUCGGGUUCUCCAGGCUUUCGUCAGUCGGACUCUCACCCUUCCUCUGAUUGACAGGCCUGGCAAUAUUGGAGGUGCUUACAAAGAUCACAACAGAUUCCGUGCUAAACCUCAACCCAAGCCAAAGGAUGGAUGGGAUUCUCAGGCUGAAGAUGUCAUCUCAGGUGAAGAGAAGAAGAGUGGCUUCACAGACUUCAUAAAGAGCCUUCCACGUCCCAGCAGCCGACGACGUCAAUCCAAAAACACCUCCCUGGACAAAGAUAAGGGGUCCAAGCCUCCAAACUACACAGACCAACUUGAAGAUGAAGUUCUGUCCCACUCCUCCACAUCAGAAGAUGAGAAGAAACCACAAAAAAAGCGAGAUCCAAAGAAGAUCAGGAAGAAGAUCUCUGAGUUCUUUAAGAAGAAGAUGGAGAAAGAAAACGACAAGGAGAAAAAGGAAAAUGCAUCACAUCCUGCGAGACCGUCAAGACUGGAACUCGACAAUAAGCCAGAGCCGUUACCGCCCAUUGUUUCUCCAAACCACCCUCCUGAGUUCUAUGAAGAGGUUGCUGAGAGGUUGGAUAAGCUCGUCCAUCGGUCCGCCAGUAUCAGGACACCGAGUCCUGCAUCAGUGCCAUGUGACAAGGAGGUGGUGGUGCAGCAGCUGGUUCAGGUCCUGUCACUGGAGGGUGACGUCAUCAACACCAAGAUCCAGGCAGACCCUUUUCUGCGCUCCACCUUGACCCGGCUUUCCUAUGCAUCAUUCGCCAAACUUCUAGACACCUUCAGCAACAGCCAGGUACCUGACUCCCCCACCCUACAGCCUGCCGCUAGUCCAACACUGCAACGCAUGGCUGUCACCAUGGAGGUGUCACGGCGGAUCGUAACUGCCACAGGCACCCAGCGUUUGCAAGGUUACGCAGAGUGUUACAUGGACAAGUUUGCCCCCUGGGUCAAGCGUCAAGGUGGAUGGGAGAACAUUGUGGACUUGGAGUCAGUCUCGGAGUAUGACUGAUUUGGACCUUGUCUUGCCAUCACUGAACCGUGGUUCUGGACAUCAGAAUUCCUCCACAGAAGACGUUUCGGAACUUUGUUCUCGUUGCUGAUUUGUUUUUUGUGUCAUUUGUUUUAUUGGGGGGGGCUUUGAGGACUGAACUCUCUGUAAGAUGAAUUCUGACAGAUUCUGUUCCCGAUGUUGAGUUUCACUUCUGACUGAUCUAAUUCUGAUGACGUCCACGCUUUGACGUCCCUUUGGUGUUUUAAUAUGAACCCGUUUUUUGUCCUCAGGGGGACAUAGCGUGAGAGACAUUUGUUCAUGUCAGUGUUUUUAGGUGCACUGUGUUGGUCCUCUGGCCCAUGUUGGACCGUAAUAACCCUCUGAUGUGAGGUCAGAGGGCACAGACUCAGGUGGGGUCCCAGUUCAGGGCCAGCUCUUGGUCUUUCAGGACAGAUCUCUGGUUGUUCCAGGUGUUUUUAAAGAGGACUGUCAUCAUGGAUUCUCAGGUGUUUCAGCUCGUAAACUAUUUAUAUUUAUCCCAUGAUGCACCUGUGGACAAUUUUACUGUAUAAAAACACUGACUGUGAGUCACAGAUGGCGUCUGCUGAAGCUGCUCGAUGAUCCUUGUUUACAAAGUGUGACAAUAAAACUGUCCUGUUUGCUUAGUUAAAAACAUUUUUAGAUCACAGACACGUUCCAGAAUAAAUGUUGAAUUUGUGAAGAGAAGAACUGCUGCUGUGCAGUGAGGUUAUAUGAUCACAUAAGAGAGAAUAUCAGGAGGCUGUUCGGCCUUGCUGAGCCGUCGCUGCUGAUUGGUCAGUUCAUGAUGGACAGAGCGAGCGAUGAGUUCACUGAGCGUGGGAAACAGGGAUACAGUCAGACUCGACAGUCCACCCUUCUGUUACGGCACCCUCAUAACACACACACACACUUAGCGCAUGUGCUUGUUUCAUGUGUCACUAAGUCCAGGACAUGGGACCAUCCACAGCAACCACUACUUGAGAAUGCUAAAUUUAUUUCCAGUACAGAAAGCAGUCCCAUUAAGGGGUGGAGCGUAUCUUUAAUGAGCCCCGGGUCCAGUUUAAUACCAGGUUUCAGAACCCACCCCUUCUCCCGCCUGUAGAAAGUUACCACCUACUUCUACUUCUACUACUGAAUUGUUUUUCCGUGUUCCUGGCAUUUUGCGUUUGCUGAGGUCCUCGGCCCUGAGGCACCUGCGUCCUGAAUCGUUCCCAGAGAAAUGCGCUAUACAGGGCCAGAAUGUCAUAGCUGACACUCCCUGACAGUGACAGAGGUACACAUUCUGACUCUCGCUAAGUAACCGUUUGACACAGAUUCAUUCUUGCGGUAUCCUGGUACUAAAAACUGCCAGUUGUCACCUUCCGUCACUUUUAAGGGUCUGUGUCUUUCCAGCAGUUCCACCAGUUGGACCUUUUUCAUUGGUGUCUUUGGACAGAUGUUUGUCUUCUCACGCCGGUCACACGGUUCGGCACACCCACCCGCCCUCUGAAUGUUCCAGAUGUGUUGUGUGGUAUUUGUCACAUGGGUUAAGGCGUACGUAAGACAGCCUGGCAGGUUAAAGUCCAGCUCAUGUCUGGUCCGGCUGACUCAGACAUUGAUACGUCUCCUCCGAGUAAUGUGGAGACAUUUUUGGAGUUGAAAGUAGUUGUAUGCGAUACUGAUUGAUAUCAAAUAACUGCUGGGCCAGUGUUGCCAAUACCGAUACUGUUUAAUAAUUAAGGUGGCUAUAUCUUCAAAUUGAUAAAUCUGAAUGAUUUUUAUGACUUUUAAGUGGUUUUGUAAUUUUUUUUUUCCCUAAUUAGUUAAACCCCAGGACAGAAUUUUACCAAAGUUUAUAGGUAAAUAGAGAAUACUUUAUUACCACAUUAAACAUUUUUGUUCAGAUUCAAUAGAACAGCAACAAAACAUUUUUUUCUUAAUGUGCACAAAAUUAUCGCUUAUUAUUUCUGAGGUUUAAUGCAGCCGAUCUGCUCUGUGUCAGUCUCAUCCCGUCAGAUCUCAGAAGCUAAGCAGGGCUCCCUUCAUUGCACUUCUUUUCUAGCUUUCAAUAAUUAAAAACUAAAAAAAAAAAAAAACUGUGACAAUACAAUAAAUAAAGUGUAAAUAACCAAACAACCCCCAAGCCUUGAGUUUGAACAAAUAUUCCCAGAAGCCCGCCCCCCUGUGCAGAACACAACUUUUGGUUUGAGGUUUUGCGUGCUUGUUUGUCUGGCAGUGCCGAGUCACGUGGUGGUACAACAUCAGAACACGGGGGAGGAGCAAAGUGUGUGUGCUCCGCCCUGUGACAGGAGCAGCACAGACACAGACAGCAGGUGCCACAAGAGAGAAACUGAAACUCAAGUGUCAAUCUCAGUACACCGGUAUUUAUCGAUAUCAAUGUCGAAGCUCAUGAAGUCAUGAGGUUGCUGCGUAGAGGUGUUUGCCAAUCCUGAUAUCGACACCGAAAAUGCACAUCCAGGUCUUUAGGGCCCUGGUGCUUCCUGUCUUACUGUCUGGUUGUGAGACCUGGACUAUAACCAGUGACUGAAGGUGACCUCUGAAGGUCUUUGGGACUUGGGGCGACUAUGUGUCAAAUGAGUGGUUACUUUGAGAGAAUCAGAUGAGGAAUAUCACUGGUAUAUGUUCUUCCUAAACCUGGUCCUCAGGAUCCAAAGUACCACAUGUUUUCCAUUUGUUCCUGAAGUAAUUCCUCAACACCUGACUGAGCUGAUCUGCUUAGAUCAGGGACAAAUGUGAAACAUGCAGGACUUUGGGUCCCGAGGACCAAGAUUGGAAUUACUUUGUGAGAGAAUGUCAGUUUCCACAUUUUGGCCAUAUGGCCCAUUUCCCUGGACAUCCAGGCCACAGGUGCCUCAGAGACAUGCCCACAUUGCCCUACAGGACCCAGAGCAGUUCUGUGGUGGAUGAGGUGACGGUUACCAGUUAUAAUCAGUCCCAUGUGAGGUCAGUGGGACCAUUUAAUCAACAACUAUCACCACUUGCCUGAAACUAUUAACUGUUCUCACGAGAGAACCGGCAAUAAUAAAUGGUCAAAUCCUCUUAGAGUCUCAGUUACUGUGUUUACAGUUGUCCUCAACAUAAAGCUGAAGGCAUGUUGACAUUUGCACAAAUUUGAUCCUUGCAUUGCCGCGCAGUCGUGCCAAUGUAUCCCACUUGAUGCUGCGCUUUGUCCCGUUUGGCGCCACGCUACGUACAGUAGUGUUCAGAAUAAUAGUAGUGCUAUGUGACUAAAAAGAUUAAUCCAGGUUUUGAGUAUAUUUCUUAUUGUUACAUGGGAAACAAGGUACCAGUA